ACAUUUACCGGAUUUCUUCAUUCGUAAUUGAGGUCACUCCAAUCUGUCACCUGUCAAACACAAAUAAAAUGAAAAAAAUUCGAAAAAACAGGUUCGGGCUCAAACGUAACGUGUGCAAUAACAAGAUAUGUGUAAAUUGAUUAUUCCCAAACAUUUGUGUGCGAGCCACUAAAACCUCCUCACUACACGAUAAACAAAGAGUGAGGUUAUGCCCGUGUUGUCCCGCACUCCAAAACCUGGAUUUCCGCAAAAAACGGCUUGAUAUUAUGGGAAAUCAUUAACGUGGUGCAAUGUCGAUAAAAUCCGAGCCGGCCGAACCCGAAAUGAUCAUAAUCAAGCAGGAAUCAGACGCCGCUCCCGCCUCGCCCUGCACCGCGACUUUUUUCAAGGAAGAAAAGACCGAAGACGAACCCGACGAGAGUUUCCAAUGCAAAAUUUGCAAAAAGCGAUUCGAGAGUGAGGACGAGUUGUACGAGCACGAAAACGCCAAAACGGCUGAUAGGUCGCACUCGUGUUGCGCCUGUGGUAAGUCGUUCCGCGACAACACCCAGCUGAACGUCCACACGCGGAAGCACACGGGGGAGAAGCCCUACGAGUGCAGCGAAUGCGGGAAAAAAUUCUCGAUCAACGGCAAUUUGAGCAAACAUAUGCGCACCCACACGGGGGAAAAGCGGUUCGAGUGCGAUACUUGCGAAAGAAAGUUUACUCAAUUCGCGCACCUGGAAGACCACAUCAAGACGCAUUCGGGCGACCGGCCGUUCGAGUGCGACGUUUGUAAAAGCGCCUUCAAGACGAAAGCCCGGCUUAGGAAGCAUAGAAAAUCGCACGAGGACACCACUCUAACCCGGAGGUCGGUCCAGUGCCCCAUUUGCUCGAAAAUGAUGAAAAACAUGCGGCAAUUAACCAACCACAUGGACUGUCAUUCCUCCGAGAAAAAUUUGUUCCAGUGCGAUAUUUGCGGCAAAAGUUAUCACAAUUUGUAUUACUUGCAAAACCACCAAAAGACGCACAGUGGCGUCCGCCCUUUCAAAUGCACUCUCUGUGAGAAAACCUUCAUUACCUCGGGCCAACUCAGGCGCCACCAAAACACCCACACGGGCUACAAGCCCUAUAAUUGCGAUCUCUGUCCCAAGUCAUUCCCCAACUCCCAGAAUUUGCGCCGACAUAAGCUCACACAUACCGGCGAGAAAAAACAUUCUUGUAACAUUUGCGGCAAGAGUUUUAUCAUCGUUGAGAAUUUGACCCGCCAUAUGAGGACCCACACGGGGGAAAAGCCCUACUCGUGUGACAUAUGCGGCCGCAGGUUUGCCCACAGUACGACGGUCAAAGAACAUAGAAGGACCCAUACGGGGGAUAAGCCCUUCGGGUGCGGCAUUUGUGAUAAAAGAUUUACUAUCAAUAAAUUAUUGUACAAACAUAUACGAGCGAAACAUCCAGAGGAUUUUAAUAGUUUCAAGGAACAGGAAAUGAGGAAAAAGUAUGUUAUGUUUAGUGUGAAAAGUGAGCCUGGGAUUAAAAUUGAAAAAUUGGACGACACGUAAUGUGAAUAAGGCUUCUAAUAAAAACCUCCAAAACCUUA